AUGGAGUUGUUAAAGGAUGAAACUAUUUUAAGUCUGGAUACCCCAUUUGUAUUAUCAACUUUCAUCCAAAAUAAACUUCAUCGUAAAAAGGUCCUCAUCGUUUUAGAUGAUUUAGAUAGCCCAGUUGACUUAGAAGCCUUAGUUGAAGGGUAUUAUCAUCUUGCUCCUGGAAGUAGAAUCAUUGUUACAACUAGAAAUCUACAAGUGCUUAGGAAGGGAGCUAAUAGAAUUUACAAAGUCGAAGGAUUAAAUCACCAUGAAUCUCUUGAGCACUUCCAUUUGCAUGCUUUUAGAAAAAUUUCUCUUGCACCAGAUUAUAGAGUGCUAUCUGAAAAAUUUUCACUGUAUGCCAAUGGUAAUCCAUUAGCUCUUAAAGUUUUGGGUUCUUUCCUCUGCUCCAGAAGCAAAGAAGAAUGGCAAAGUGCACUAAAUAAGCUAAAAAUAGUUCCAAAGCAAGACAUUCAUAAUAUGUUAAGAAUAAGUUAUGAGGGGCUAGACGAUACAGAGAAGGAUAUAUUCCUUGACAUUGCAUGUUUCUUCAAUGGAUAUAACAGAGAUUAUGUAGAAAGCAUACUGGAUAAUGGUGAUUCAAUUUCAAAAAUAGCGAUAAGUGUUCUCAUUGAUAAGUCUUUGAUAACUGAAAAUUGGAAUAGUUGGAAAGAUGAAACAGAGUUGUGGAUGCAUGACUUACUACAACAAAUGGGCCAUGCAAUUGUUCGUGGAGAAAACAAAGAGCCUGGAAAACGUAGUAGGUUGUGGAUUGCUAAAGUUGUCUGCCAAACAUUCGAAAGAAAUACAGGAACUGGAGCAAUUGAAGGCAUAUUGUUCAACAUGUCCGAAAUGAAAGGAGAUGUAGAAUUGAAUCGUGCAGCCUUCUCGAAGAUAUAUUUCCAGUGGGAUUCAUAUCCUCUGAGAUCUCUGCCUUCAAAUUUUAUUCCUGAGAAUCUUGUUGAACUUAUUUUAUCUGAAAGUCAGCUUGAGGAACUUUGGCAUGGAGCCCAGCUUCUAACUCAAAUGCCAAAUCUAUCUCAAGCUCUAAAUCUUGAAAUUAUAAGUUUAGAAGGCUGCACAAUUUUGGUUCAUGUUCCUUCAUAUUUUCAAAAUCUUCCCAAGCUUCAGUUUUUAGAUUUAAGAUAUUGCUCCAAUCUCACUGAUGUUGAAGGUAUAUCAGGGAGGAUAGAUUUCUUAGAUCACAACACAUGGAAGCUGAAGUCUAUAGAAACUCUUAAUGUCUCUCCGAAAUCAUCUGGGUUCAAUAUGAAUUUAAGAGUUUUACUUUUAGAUGGAAUAGCAGUAGAAGAAUUGCUCUCAUCAUUAGGGUUUCUCUCAUGUCUCACUGAAUUAAGUUUGGAUAAUUGUCAAAGGCUUGAAAGCCUACCAGCCAGCAUUCGUAAGUUGAAAUCUUCGGAAUCACUGAAUGUGGUCGGUUAUCCAAACCUAGAAAAGUUUCCAGAAAUCUUGGAACCUAUGGAACGCUUGGCUUUUCUUUGGUUAGCAAGUUCAGGGAUCAAAGAGUUACCAGAAUCCAUUGAAAAUCUAACUGGGCUGAAUACAUGCAACAAUGUAAUUGCUCAUCAUGCGUCAUCUAGAGUUUUCACCUGUGCAAGACCACAUAGCAAUGCUGGUGAUAUUAAACAUUUGGACCAAAUUGGUGCUCUGUAUAAUGUUACCGAGGCCUCUUUCCAAGUCCGGCUUUCGUUGUAUGAUUAUGGCGAUUCAGAAUCAGUAGACUUGAAAAGCGAUGAGUGUUGUGGGAUAAAAAAGUGUGGGAUUUGGUUACCAUAUGACCAAGAAGGUGCAGAGAAGUUGAAUGUUGCUGAGGAACAGAAAGUGGAACAAGUAUUAGGUAAUAAAAUUGAGAAGCGCAUAUAUGAAUAUCGUGAAGAUAGUGGAAGUGAUGAUAUUAGCAAUGGUAAAGGUUUUAAUUCAAAGAAAAUCAAGCUUAUUCCUUGA